UUACAUCAUUUUCUGAAAGGAAAAAUUUAUUUGGUUAAGAUAUCCAAAGUAGAAUUUUUUAUUUAUAAAGAAAAAUGGAAGCGUUAAUUGCUGAAGUAUCCGAAAAUAAAUCAGAAACGGCUCCUAUAGACGAUAACAAAAAUUUGAUUGCUAAUGGUACAUGUUCAUCUGAUGAACAAAGUUUUUCAAAGCCAAUGGAAACUAGUAGCAAAGAACGAGAACUUUUAGAUUUAGUUUUUUCAUUGGAGAGUGAAAAGCAAACCAUAAUCGAUGAAUCCAAAGCAAAAAUUGGACAGUUUAAAAAAGAUUUAAUUGAUAGUUUAUCAGAAAAUGAUAAAUUAAAACGCAAAGUUGCACAGCUAGAACAAACUUUGAAACAAUCUGUAACUUGUGGCGGAAGUCCUUCAAAAGUUAUGGCUGAUCAAGAAGAUGCUUUAUUAAGAGCGAAAACUCUGCUUUUUGAAAAAACCAAAAUUUGUAAACAGCAAGAGCAACAUAUUGAAAUGCUUAAAACUCAAGUGGAUUCUAUUAAAGAUGUCUUAAAUGUUACCAAAGAAAUGUUAAAUUUACGUAGUGCAGAAAUUGAGCAUCUUAAUGCAAGAUACGAAACCGCAACUUUGCGUACAAAAGCGGAAAAAGAUAAAAACGAAAUUUUGGAAAAAAAGCUUAACAUUUCCAAGAAUGUUUAUGAAAAAUUAAGAACUGAACAUGAGAUUCAAUGCAAAAUAUUUAAAGAGCUUAAGGAAGCGUAUGAAGCGAAAAUUAAGGUACUCACAACAGCUAAGAAAUUAAAAGAGGAAGACUAGUUACAUACCUACCUACUAGAUGCUUUUUCAAUAAAAAAAGUUAAUAAACAUACAUAUUAUGUUUAAUGCAUAUUUAUUUGAUUUUCAUAUAUGUACCUAAUGUAUAACAAAAUUCUGCUGAUAAAUAUUCUGAUUAAUAUUUUAUGUAUGUAUGUAU